GAUAACGAGAAGCUACCCAAGGUUCCCAGUUCACCAGAGAAGGUAGUGCGACAGAAACGAGACCGGCGGAAGAAAAGCCUUAUACAUAAGGCCUAUGAGUAUAGCAAGCUGUGCGACGCUGAUAUUUGCCUCGGCAUUCGGAUUCGAGAAUCGGGUCAAGUGACCACAUUCCAGUCUGAUUCCACAGGAUUUUGGUCGGGAUUCUCGUCUCAUUUGGAAACAUAUUAUCCACGGCCGGUACAGAAAACAGACAAGGAUUUUGACAAAACCCCUGCUGGUGAAAGUGCAGAUGAGGAAGACACAAUCAAAACUCAAGAAGACAAGGCGAUGACGAAAGCAGAUAAAAAAUCUUCCAUUUUCGACAAGCACAGUGCUAGAUGA